AUGGAACAAACAGGCAUAGAAGGUCAGGCUUUGGCAGCCUGGGAGAACCAUGCUAGAUCCUGGGAUUCGACUAUGGGUGAUGACGGGAACGACUACUUCUCAGUCCUCGAAUUGCCUGCCCUGAAAAGAAUGAUCAGUGGACAGAAGCGGAAUCGAGCCUUGGACCUCGCAACGGGAAAUGGCUUGGUUGCGCGAUGGCUUGCUGAAGAAGGAUUCUCUGUGGUGGCAACGGACGGCGCAAGAGCCAUGCUAGAGCAUGCAAAGGCGCGAACAACUCUCUGGUAUGAGGAAGGAAGGUUAGACAAGGAGCGAAAGAUCUCAUUUGAACUUCUUGAUGUGACCAACAAGGAUCAUUGGGCGCAAUUUACUAGCAGUGAUAACCUUCUGAAAGACGGAUUUGACGUGGUUGUGAUGAACAUGGGAAUUAUGGACGUCCAUGACCUUGAGCCAUUAGCAGCAUCCUUAACGUCCCUUCUGAAGCAAGACGGAUGGUUGGCCCUACUUCUAUUCGAGCUAUCUAAAUAA